AUGUCAACUGAUCCAGAACUUGGUUCCCUUCCCUCUUCUUCCUCUUCUUCCUCUGCUACGUCGGUCCCUGCGUCCUCCUUUGUUCCUCCUUGUCUCGGUCCCUCAGGAGGCGUCUCUUGUGUGGCGCCGUGGGGCUCUUCUUCGCCGCUCUACCGUCCACCAACUUCGUUUUCUUCGCCUGCAGGCCGCGCACCUCCCGGCGUCUGCUGCGUCGCGCCGUGGGCGUCUGCCUCGCUUCCCGCUCAUCCGCUCUCGGGUGUACAUCCACCUGGCAGCUCGCUCGCGGGGAUGUCCGGGGCGGUCCCGCCCCCAGAGAGUGUCGCGGCGGGGCGCGACGAAGAACUGCAUGCUUGCAAAAAGCGCAUUCGGACCCUCCAGGACCUCAGUGUGUGGACAGCUAGCCACAGCUACCAGGCCUUCACGCGCUUCCUGCGCCGCCUCUCGGCCGCUGUCGUCGACAAGAAAGCAGUGACUCGGCGAGAAGACGGCGACGAACCAAAGCUGGACGAAGGCCCAGAGGAUACAGCAGCUGAGGCGAGGCGAAGAGCCGAGGCCGAGGCGCGUGCCGUCGUCGAACUGGGCAGCAAGCAAAACUCGCGAGAAGGAAAGCGCGUCGUCGCAAGUGAAAACGUCGUCGUGCUCCUCGAGAUUCUCGCGACGUUGAAGGCGUGGGUCGGUGAAAUUCCCCCGAUCGAACAGCCGAUGCGAUUUGGAAACCGAGCCUUCAGGACGUGGAUGGGCCGCCUAAACGAGCGAUGCAAGUCCCUCCUGGAGCCUCUCGUGCCGUCGGACCCCUUUCCGCCUCCUGCCUCGCUCUCGAUUGGGCCGAUCCCCGAGCAGGAAGAACUGCCUUCUUUGUCUCCGUCCACGUCUUCUCCUGACUCGUAUUCUCCUGGCAACUCAACGUGCAUGCAAGAGGCGCCUGCAAUGGCGGCGAAGAUGCGCGGCGAAGAAGAGACAGAAGAAACCGACAAAGAGAAGACCGCGGAGGGAAACGAAAAGAAGAGGAUCCGAGAAGCUCUCCUUGAUGAACUGACAGACUACUUCAGCCACGCAUUCGGGGAUCCGCAAAGAAUCGACUACGGCACGGGCCAUGAGGUGUCUUUCGCCCUCUUCCUGUUUGUUCUCUUUGAAUCGAAAAUCCUCGCAGACCACUCUGACGACGCAGCUGCGGUCCUCCUCGUCUUUGCGCAAUACGUUGAAGUCUGUCACGCCUUGCAGACGACGUAUUGUCUCGAGCCGGCGGGGAGUCGCGGCGCGUGGGGCCUCGACGACUUUCACUUUCUUCCUUUUCUCUUCGGCGCAGCUCAGCUGGCCGAGAACCAUUUCAUUAACCCCGCAGAGGUUGCAGAUAUGGAAAUCGUCAAGGAAUUUGCACCCUCGAAUCUGUACUUUUCUUCCAUUCAGUACAUCAUGGAGGUGAAAAGGGGUGUCCCGUUCUCAGAGUGUGCCCCGAUGCUCUACGACAUCUCCGGCGUAAGCACGUGGCGCAAAAUCCACAGCGGGCUUCUCAAGAUGUACGAGGGCGAGGUGCUCAACAAGUUCCCGAUUGCUCAGCACUUUCUCUUCGGCUCGUACUUUCCUUUUCCUUCUCUGCCAAAGCCGGCAGGCUCUUGA